UUGUGAAAAAAAAUCUACAUAUGUCAAGGUGUGUUUUUUCUCUUUAAUUUGGGUUUGCAUACACUUUAACAAACUGAUAUUGUUGCAAUGAUAUUGUCUUUUGUCUGUCAUCUGUUGUCUUUUCAGAGUGACUGUCUCAAACUGUCUAUGCAUUCACCUAUGUGUCUGCACUUUCAGCAUGCCUUCGUUAGUGUUGAAAUAUAUGCUGCUGUGCGCGUUGAUGGGUGGAACGGCGUGUGCCUGUGUGCUGAAGAAUCAUACCUUAUGGAUUGAGAGGCACGACUGUGCCCAGUGUGUCGCUGUCAAUACUACUAUCUGCAGUGGCUACUGUUACACACAGGACACCAAUUUGUGGGGACGGUUUGGGAGGACCUUCGUCAUCCAGCGUAGCUGUGUGCCUCUCUCCCUGGUGUACCGAGCCGUGCCAGGCUGCCCUCAGGAUGUCAACGCACCGUUGUAUUAUCCGGCAGCCCGCCGUUGCCGCUGCAAGCGCUGCGACGCACGCUCACACCACUGUGUGCGCACCAGCCGAUUCUCUUAUGAACAAUGCACCAUGGACCUUGGCAGCGCGAGGAGCCCGACCCAGCCCGCUCUGGAAACCUGAACAUGAGCUGAUACAAGCAAAUGCACACGCAUGGCAGGGCUGCAGCUGUUGGACUAGAUGGAGCAGCAGUGUUUCUGCUUGUUGAUGUUAUUGUGGUGCAUCUCAGCCACUCAGCCGGUCACGUUGUUUUCUCUAGUUUGAUAGUCAAGAUAUUGCAACACUGUGUUGAGCAUGCACUGUAGCUUCACUGUGAAUUGUAUUGCCUGUGUAAAUGAAUUAAAUGAAAAUUAAAAAAUGGAAAUAAAUGAGUGCAUGAUAACUAGGCCUACAUUUCUAUAUAAAGCAAAGUCUCAUUUAAAGGUUUCUGAGCUGAAUAUUCUCAGUUUGGGAGAAUAAUAACUAUAUAUAUUAACUAUAAUAUUAUUGUGUCAAUUAGUUAUUAGAGAGCAAUGCUGCAUUUAAGAGCUCUGAAAUGAAUUUAUGGGGCCUGA